AUGAAAGCCGAGUGCCGGGUAGAGCAGACGGACCUGCACCGCACAAUAGACCCUGGAUAUCCGGAAUUCUUGCUUAUUGUCCCCAAAUCGCCUUGCUACUACUACAACGGUGCUGAUUCCGGUCACUCAGACAUGUCGACGUACGCGGUACCACGUAAGCUAUGGGAGCAUCCCAAUCCCGAGUCGUCGAAUCUGGGCCAGUUUCGACGUCGGCUAGAGCGCAAGACAGGGUUGAAGUUUCCAACCUUCCUCUCGCUCUACGACUACUCUGUCAACAGCCGCGCGGCAUUCUGGGAAUUCUGCUGGCAUGACCUCAACCCUAUCCACUCAGGUACCUACACAAGCGUCGUCGAUGAGACGGCACGCAUGGACAGCAUCCCGGAAUGGUUCGCAGGCACAUACAUGAAUUUCGCAGAGAACAUGCUUUUCACUUCUUCUGGAUCAUCCGGAGUGUCCACGGCUGGUAAAGAAGAUAGUAAAGCUGCUGUGACCGAGGUUCGGGAAGGUGGCGCGGAGGGGACCCGGAAUAUUACGUUUGGAGAACUCAGGAGGAGGGUUGGAAAGUUAUCCCAGGCCAUGAAGGCUGCGGGUGUGAAGAAGGGCGAUCGAGUGGCGGUUGUUGCAAGCAAUAGUAUCGAUACUCUUGUUGUAUUUUUGGCUGUGACUGCGCUGGGAGGCCUAUUUUCGUCGAGCUCGACCGAUAUGGGUGCCAAGGGGAUUCUGGAUCGCUUGCUCCAGAUCAAACCCCAGUGGCUGUUCAUGGACGAUUGGACAGUGUAUAAUGGGAAAACGAUCGAUUUGAGAUCGAAGAUGAAUGCCAUUGUUCGUGGGAUGGAAGGUGUGGAGGAGUUUCAAGGCAUCGUAUCACAGCCUCGAUUCCAAGAUCGUCCCGCCGAUGUGAACAUGGUGCCCAGAGCGCAAACCUUGGCAACUUUCUUGGCCAAAGCAAAGGGCGAUAAGCUAGAAUUUGUGAGAGUUAGGUUUUCGGAUCCGUUCUUGGUCGUUUAUUCCUCAGGUUGGAUAAUGUAUCUCAGUGCGUUGCAGCCAUUGAUGCAUGGAUGCAGAAUAGUCCUGUACGACGGCAGCCCCUUUUUACCUGGUGUAACUUCCUUCAUCAAAUUGGCGGGAGAGCAGAAAGUAACCCACCUGGGCACCUCCCCACGCUAUAUGUACGAAUUGCAAAGGAACGGCAUUCGUCCUCGAGAGGUCACUGAUCUUAGCAAUCUGGAGGUAUUGACAAGCACUGGGAUGGUGCUUUCCGACGCUCUUUUCGAGUGGUUUUAUGACAAAGGGUUCCCACCCAACGUGCAGCUUUCAAAUAUUUCUGGCGGUACAGAUAUUGCAGGCACAUUUGGAACUUCAAACGCUUUGACGCCGUUGUAUGUGGGUGGAUGCCAGGGACCUAGUCUUGGGACACCUAUUGCAGUUUAUGAUCAGACUGUGGAGGGUGGGAAGGGUGUGAAAGGCAUUCCGCUAGAGGAAGGAGUUCCAGGCGAACUGGUUGCGACAGCAGCAUUUCCUAACAUGCCCGUCAUGUUCUGGGGCAAGAAUGGUGCAGCGCGCUAUUUCGACGCAUAUUUUGCUCGAUUUGAUGAUGUCUGGACCCAUGGCGAUUUCGUCAUGAUACACCCCGCCACGAAGCAAAUAUUUUUCCUGGGACGUGCAGAUGGCGUUCUAAAUCCUUCAGGCGUACGGUUUGGAUCCUCCGAAGUAUACAGCAUUCUCGAGAACGAAUUUGCCAAUGAGAUCUCCGACUCCAUAUGCGUGGGACAGCGUCGACCCCACGACUCAGAUGAAACAGUCAUGUUAUUCGUGCUCAUGCGUCCCGGCGUUCCAUUUACCAAAAAAAUGGUAGACGAUGUUAAAGCCGCCAUCAGAAGCGGACUGAGUCCUCGCCAUGUGCCGAAAUAUGUGUUUGAGACCCCGGAGAUUCCGACGACUGUCAACUUGAAGAAGGUAGAACUUCCAGUCAAACAGAUUGUGUCUGGUAAAGUGAUCAAGCCGUCGGGCACACUAGCCAAUCCCGAGAGCCUCGAGUUCUACUACCAAUUCGCUGAGGUAGAGAAGUUGGUUGCUCCAUCAAGCAAGCUAUAG